UGUCCAAUGAAGACUUAGCUGGUUCACGCACUUUCUUCCCGUGGGAGCGAAAAAACGUGGCCGGACAAAAUCAGUGUUUGGGAAAAAUAGCCCCAAGUAAUUGGGGGAGCGAGGCGCGGUGCAGCUCAUUCGAUUCAUAACAUUAUGGGGGAGCUGAACUGCACCUAUCGCUCUACCAUUUGUUAUAGGUGGGCAAGCCAAGUGGGUCAUACAUCAUUCCUCAGUGAAUUGGGUUGGAAGCUUGAGAAUUAAGGGAGACUGGGAGCUAGAAGCUGGCACUGUUCUGACUCUGUGGAACAGUUUCGAUACGCUUUCUGUAACGGAAAGACUCAGACGAAUUUCGCCUCGGAACGAAAAGGAAAGCUCCGGUUUGUUGCGUUAGUCUCGUGUAGAUACUUUCGUAUUGUAUCUAAUACUGCAAUCUGCUUGUCGUGUUUGUCGUAUUUGGUGCAGAAGGAAGCCGCAAAGUACGCUAUCCUGCCGGAAGGGCAAGUCGACUCUGCUGUUGGCAGCAUUUGGAAAAUUCAAAAAGGCUACCGCAGUUUGCGACCUUUGCCGAUAUUUGGAAUUUGUUUUGGCCACUUCGCGUCCGACUUUUGUUUAUUUAUGUCAGGCCUAGAAGUCAUGCUAGCUUCUGGAUUAGCCGCGGGAAAAUCGUUCUGGGAUUGAAUUGCGGAAUCUUUUGGAAAUUAUACUCGUUGCAGAGGAUAUCCUUUUGGCGUAGUGCUUGACCGUUUGAUUGAACCCUUGCCGUUGUGCAGUAUAUUCUGGUUUCUGUGUUAUCGUUGCACUUACUUCCGGAGGUUAUAUCACGCUAUUGCAUAGCGGCCGACGGGUUAACCGGUGACCGGGUAAUUGGUGGAAGAAUUGUUUGUUCUUUGGUUUCAUUAUUGUCCAGUGAUUUCAGUGGUAAUUCAUACAUUGCGUGACCAACGAACCAAGCGAACCUAGUGCAUUCCGGCGAUGUGGUUUUGAUUUCCUGUACAUUUCGUGGACUUUCUAUUGUUCAGUUUGCCGGGUAUAGUAUGUCCCUUUUUGCAGUGCAGAUCCUGUGAUGAAUGAAUGAAUGUCUUACCAGUCAGUGAUGAAAAAGUGAACAUUCAGAGGUAGUGUCGUGGUGGUGGUGGUUGAUUGUUUUGCCAAGCAGCUGCUGUGCCGGUUUUGUUUCAUGUAGUAUUGAAAGAAAUUACUAGUGAUUAGUGCAUAAAACCAAAUCGAAUGGAAUCAAAAAUUAAGGACAUACCAAUACGUAAAAUUGUAAAGAGAUACUAAUUCGAUGCUAAUAACACAAGAAUCUGUGAUAAAGUGCUAAAUCUACUUUUUAAAAAAGUGAAUUACAAGCAAAAUAUUUUUCAAAAUGGCAAUGGAAACUUUGAUGCCCAAUAAAUCGCAACUUUCAACAAUUUCUAUUAUGCUUGACUACGAUAUUGACAACGCGUUGAAUACAAUAAAGGAGAAUUGUCAUUUAAUCAACACUAUGUCAUCAUACUAUCCCUUAACAACGACACCCCCAUCCCCGUCCUUGAAGGAUGGUGAUUCCGACGCAAACAGUGUAGCAUCUGAAAUCAACAAUAAUGCCGCGUCGACUGCAACAAGUGACGAAAGUGACCAAAGUGAAGGCCAUCCGAAAACAAACGCAAGAAAACGGUGGAAGAUCUUAGCAAAAGUCCUGCGAAAGGAUUCGGAGGAAUCAGUGACUGAUGAAACUGAGGACGUUAUGGCAUCAGUUCGGCGAUUCAAAAGUUUCGAUGUCCUACAACAGGCUGCAAUCUCCGACGAAUCACAAGCGAAGAUGAUAGGCAAACCUGAAAACUGGUACACCUACAGGAUCCGACUAGACUCUAACGAAUACUGUGUGAAUAUUCAUCAUAUGGACAGACAUUUCACCCCAGCUGACCUUAUUGGCUUCAACAAUACUGGGAACAUCUGUGUUUGGCCCUCGGAGGAAGCAUUGACCGUGUAUUGCCUCAACGAACUCUGUAACUUCGAUAACAAGUGGGUUUUGGAACUGGGUGGUGGUAUGACCUGUCUGUCAGGACUAAUGAUUGCCAAAUAUUCGAAGCCUUACGCGGUCCACUUGACAGAUGGAAACCAAAUUUCCGUGGAUAACGUAAAACGUACCAUUCGCCUUAACGAGAUGAACUGCUAUACAAAAUGCUCAACUCUAAAAUGGGAAAACGCCAGUAAACGACUUGGUUCGGAGUAUGAAAAAUUUGAUUAUAUCCUUUCGGCUGAUUGCUUGUUUUUCGACGAGGCAAGAUCAGCUUUGGUAGAUACAAUUUGGUAUUACUUGUCCAAAACUGGCGAGGCACUAGUUAUGGCACCUCGACGAGGACGCACUCUCAGUGACUUCGUAGAACAAUGCAGUCAGCAUGGUUUCACCUGUCAAAUUGAACAUCGCUACAACGAGGUAAUCUGGGAGCGGCACGUUGCUUUGCAGGGAUCCGAACUAUAUAACGAGGACAUCCAUUAUCCGGUGCUUAUCAAACUAAGGAAGUCUAAUUCCAUCCAACCUAACUGCUGUUGAUUUGGUAUUAAAUUUCUUUGAAUUGAUUCAGGAUUAACUUUAAUCGUGAGUAUACCCUACAUGGAAACCUGGAGGAAACCCUGAAAAAUUCAAAACACUUCAUAUCAAUAUGAAUUUUAACAUUCUAUUAUCAAUUAGAAGCUAUCAAAAAUUAUCCUGGAUUUAAUUCAAAUUUAUCGAUCAAACAAUGUGGAAUUUAUGUGGUUUUAUCAUCCAUUCAUAGGAAACUGUCAGGAUCCUUAAAAGAUAUAUGUUGUAACUAGCUUAGAAAAAAAAAACCUAGAAAACCGUUAAAACCUAGGAAAAUUAUAAACCCAAAAGCAAAAAGACCAAAGUUAAUAUUAAAUAUUCUAAAGUAUUUAGUGAUUUUAGAGAAAAGUAAAGAAGAAUUCGGUAAAGUAUGAUUUUAAGUAAAUGCGAUAAACAAAAAAAACCCUGAAAAAAAUUUGUACUGCAAAUGUAGUUUAGUGAGUGUUUCCGCAAUUUCGCGGAGUUCACUUAGAACUAGGAUUUUGUUAUUUAGCAGAGGGAUGUUAACAAUUUAGGGUACAUAUGUUCCAGUAUCACAUGUGCUGCUGAGUUCUCCGUUAAUAUAAAGAAUUUAAUAAUAAAAUUAAAAAUCGCUGCAACUCAUUGACCCUCGGAGCUAGAGCGUCUCUCCAUUCCUACCUCCACGUGAUCACUAUAUAGGUGUUAUUUUCCGAGCCGGAUUUGCCUUUAGUUCUUUUGAUUCAAGCUCUUUCAACUCUCCUUCCAGUUGAACGUCCCCCUAAUGAUACUCUCCAGACUUAAGCGCCCUCUUUCUGACUCUUUUUUUUCGACCCCAAGCCUCAGAUAGUGAAACAUACAUGCUCUGAAUUUUCUGUCCAAGGCGAUUCGACAAAUCAUUCACUCCAAACCGAGGUAGAUAUUCUCUAUUACAGCCAUCGACUUCACCACUCUCAUGGUCACCGUCGUAAAGAACUCCACAUGCUCCGGGUACUUCGCUUCAAUAACCAUGGUUAAGUCAUCCAAAAUCGUGGUCUUUUCUUGGACGGGAAACUCAAACACCACAUUAAUAUAUUAAUUAAUUAAUACAGUAGAGGGCUCAGUACCGAACCUUGUGGUACUCCCGCUGUGACGAUGUACUCUCUAAAGUCCUCAUUCGUUCCCGUGCCCCAGGACGCUCCCUCGGACGUAAACUUUGCCGAUCUACCUAAAGAUUUUCAAUCCGUUUUUUACGUCCAACGUCAACACAGCUCAACCCACCACCUCCUCGGAAUUCACCUGCCUUCAGUGAAGUGGUAGCCCCAAUUGCCGUGGGUGCAUCUCGCUAUCAUCUUUUCCAUCAUAUCCAAGAAGUAAAUUGGACAAUAUGAUGCUGGGUCUCCAAAAGGCUUAUUCGAUUUGGACAGAAAUACCAACAUUUACCUUCCUCGCUAUGUAAGGAAUUUUCCUGCCUUCAAAAAUGCCUAAAUAGAUCGUGCCUAUGCUUAACUGCCAUCUUCUAAACUUCGUUGGGCAUGCCACCUAAACCUGGCGCCUUAUUGUCAUCGAUCCUGCACAUAUUUUCUGUCAUAUCUCCUCGGUAACUGGACGUAUCGAGCACUCUUUAACUUAGACUAUCACAUAUCCUUUGUGCAAUGGAGAACAGAUCAUCUACAGUAAACUUAAUGCUGACUCGUCAUUGCUUGUAUGCUUCCUUUUGAUCGAUACUACCUGGCUUUCCUUUGAACCUUGCCUUGCCCGAAAUUGAGUUACCUACUGGAUAGUAGUCACCUUGAAAGUCACUUUAUAAUCUGGAUGACCUUUUUUAUGGCCCUUCCGUUCAGGAAUAUGUCGGUCUUGCCGACGCACCCGUACAUGAAGGUCGUCUUCUGUGAUAGUCGGGAGCAGUCGAACAUCAAAACAAUGCAUAACAACUCUUUAUGAAGUUACCACUUCCUUGUCUUAUAGUCCCAUAUAACUUGGCUAUAUAACUGAAGCCAUCGCUUCGGCAUCGUUUCUGCGGCACUUACUGCCUAAACCGACUAUGAUAUGUCCUAACCUAACCUAUUUCUACACUUACUGCCAACAGUUUAAGUCCCAUCAGUCUAUUGAGGCCUCACAAACUUUCUCCUUCUUGGUGAUCUAAUCCAUGUCUUUGUAUUCUGUAGUGACCUCCUGCCUGCUAACCUUUAUGCUUGCCUCCUGCUCUAAAGAGUUUUGAAUUUGUUUCGAGAGUUUUUCCUUGCUACACCCUUGGAUUUCCUGUUCUUCGUCUGCUUGGUCCUUGUGAAGAUGUUGUUUGUAUGACCCUCCACUUGAUUUGGAGAUGAUGAUCACCCCCUGCCCUGUUUUCGUCUCUCCUUUUCUUAAAUGCCCUUGUAGAGUCUUUUCCUUCUCUCUAAUCGUAGUACUGUAGUGCUGUCAUUCAUCGAAAAUUUCAACAGCUUUCCUCACCUGUUUCACUUUUUUGAGAGUUGAUCCUCGUUGCCCUUUUCCUGUUGAUUCGUUCAACCGUUCACGCAAUCUCUUUCUUAGUUUCUCUUCCUCCUGCUUUUGAGUAGACCUCAUUUAUGUUAAUUGGUUCACCUUUUCGUUCAACGCUUUUACGCCUUCCUACCAUGGAGUUUCCUUACCAAGAAAGUUUGAAGAGAGAUCAACGAAGAUCCGAACUUCUUCUGGGCAAGUCAAGCGAUGAAUUCAGCUCUAGUCCCUCUCGCACGCUUGCCAAAUUUAAUAUAACAAUAGCUAGAAUUGGGCACUACAUCCAUUGAACCGCACAUAAUCUGUACCAAGAAUUGCCAAUACUGGAUUUCCGAAGCUCCCUACCGGAACUCAUCUCUUCCUUUAUGCUUGACUUUGCUUCGAAGCUGCCUACCGGAACUCAUCCCUUCCUUUAUGCUUGACUUUGCUUCUGGGCUUUCCUCCACAAGUUAUUGUGAAAAAUCUGGCGCCGGAUAGACUGGAUGAAAUCCAAGAAAAUUGAAAUUUUUCACAAUCCCAGUGUCGAAAAAAUGAUCAAAACUGGGGCGGAGUCUCGUGGGUGAUACCGUGAUCGAAAGGGGAGGCGACGCAGAUUUCGCAAAUACAAGAAUUUCCACGGUGUGAUGUUGGGACUGCGAGAUAUUGCGAAAAAUCCUUCGGCGGAGAGGCUGGUCAAAAUGCCAGAAAAUUGAAAAUUUCCACGACUCCCCGGGUCGAAAAAAUUAUCAAAAAUGCAAAAUCGCCUUAUUUCCAUUUGGUAUACCGAGAUUGAAAGGGAAGACGACCCAGAUUUCGAAAAUGUAAGAACUUCUACUUUACGAUGUCAGGAACGCAAGAUAUCAUGAAAAAUCGGGCGACUGAGAGGCUGGCCAAAUUCCCAGAAAAUUGAAAAUUUCCACGACCCCGGGUCGAUAAAAUGGUCAAAAAUGCAAAAUCGUCUGAUUCCCGUGGGCGAUACCUUGAUCAAAAAGAGAGGUAACCCAGAUUUUGGAAAUCCGAGAAUUUUCACCCUAUGGUGUUGGAAACGCGAAAUAUCACGAAAAAUUCGGCGCUCAGAAACUGGCCGAAAUCCAAGAAAAUUUUAAAUUUUCCUGGCCCCGUGUUAACAAAAUGACCAAAAGUUGAAAGUCGUGGGAUUCCUGUGAAGGAUAUGUCGAUCGGAAGGAGAGAUGUCCUUGAUUUCUGAAAUUGGAAGGUCACUUCAAAAUUCCUCGUGAAAGCCGACUUGCAUGUGUUUUAGUCCAUUUCGAAUGUCCGGGGUUCCUGAUUCGCACGGCUGGGGCUUCAUAUGCUGCAACCAAGACUUUGACCCUGAGUUCUCCUUGAUGGCGAAGAAGUGGGUCUGAACUAGCAGCAGGACCUUUUUGACUUUUUUAGAAAAGAUGGACUUCUACAUUCCUCACCCGGAAUCUUAUUGAGUCUCCUGAUGCACUGGUUCCUUCAAUGUCCUGACAAUAGUACAACCAGGACCGCUUCCUGUCGGGCUUGACUUGUACCUCUUCAAUUCAAUUUGCACACCGCAGAAUUUGUUCUUGAUAACUUGAUCAAACUUUUUCCAGUCGAUCCUCCUGAGGUCUCUGAAGAAGUUAGACCUCUACAGCGAGAUUCAAACUUCAAUUGUGAUUUGAUCAGGAACUCUUCACUUUUCCCUCCUGAGAGUCCCUCCCUUCUUUUCCCAAAAAUCACAGUUCGCCGAGCUGGGGAAAUGGAAGGUUGGUAUACUGCCCUAUGAUACAUCAAUAGAUUUGCGUUAAUAAUAAAGUUGAGUGGGAACCUCUUUCAUUGAUUUCCGAGCUGCCUCAAAACGUAUGACUUACAUUGGCAUCACAGCCUAUCAAUAAUUUAACCUUCUGAGUUACGAUGACUGACAUCAAAUGUAAGCUGAGGAAAUAAACACGUGUACUCCCUUAGAGUCUGCUCCAAUUUCACCACGUUUAAGUUAUAGGAACUCUGGUUCGGACCCAGAGUAAUUGCUCUAGGUCUGCCCCGAUCAGUGUCUUUUGUAAUCUGGGAUAAAUUGUAAUAUUUGUUUCGAAGCUCUUUGAUGGUUUGGUCUUUUUCGAUCCAAGGAUGCUGUCUUAAUGCGACGCUGAAAUCUUCCUGGAGAAAGACCAGCCGCCUUUUUUUUCCGUAUUUAUCCUCGCGACUCCUUGUCGCACGAAACACCAAACACCUCGACACCAGGCUGGCGUAAGGCCUCAAUACUCCCUGACAAGUGAACUCUCUGGUGAUCGUCAACGAACUUUCUUUUUCCACGCUCCUAAAAUUCGACCGGACAGCAAAUUCUCCUUUUUCUCGCUGAAAAAGAAAUUUUUCUUUUUCUUCGAAAGCAAAUUGUAACAAAAAAAAAUCUUUUGCCUCACAAUUCCUUAUUCAUCCAAACAUUUUCAAGCGAAACUGACGCAGGGAAGAAUCAAAACUGUGCGAUUCCAAAUUAUCCACUCGACCCAGACAAAAUCUUGUACUUUCACGCUCGGCAAGUCUUUCGGCUAUAAUAUCCACAUAAUUCAGAGAAAACCGCACGACAACAAUUAUCAUAACUACGGAAAAUCCAACGUGCUACAAUGUCUUUCAAUAAAUUCUCCAUCCGUUUGAAUUGACAACGUUGUCAAAAACUCCGUUCUCCUUGUUCCUUUAUCCCCCCUGCCCAUCAGCCGCCUCUCGAUCAGCCGGUCCCGCUACACCUGCCCUUGAACUUGUCGAAUUAAUGUGGCCAGCAACAUGCGCAGUAUCAUUGGCGGAUGCGGCAGAUCAUUCCCCUCUAUCACGAUCCAUUCGCCCGAAUGCAUUCAAUAAUGUGCAAUAUGCGGCGAAUUUUAAGGUAAUUGCACACUCUAGAAUGCAUUAUUUCAGCAAAUUAAUUCCGACAAAGCCAAAUGAAAUUUCGCUCCCAUCCCGUAUAGUAAUGAAUUCACUCUCUCGUAAGACCGUCACUGGAAAAAGCAAGUGAAACGUUGCACAUGUCACAAAGCCGCCGACAAUACAACCUCAAAAAAAAAAUCUCUGAAAUAUACUAUGGUCGGUAGGUAGGUAUUAGCGGCCGCUCCGAGGAAGCCAAUUAGACGUUGUGGUGCGCCGUUUUAAUGCUACAAACUCCUAAGACCGCGACUGCUGUUAUGAGAAUAGGAAAGCAGAGUCUAGCCGGCUCGGAUCUUCAGAGCCAGCCCGUAGCAUUUACAAAGGAAAGUAGCUCUCCCAUCCUGGACCUAGAAAUCUCUCGGAGGUCCCUAAAGAAUGGUAUAUCCAGUGUCUGUAGCCUGACUCUAACGAGAGCUGGGCAAUUGCAGAGAAAGUGUAUGAGGGUUUCCCUCCCUUCUGCGCAGCUUCGGCAGUGCGAAUUGUAGGGUAUGUCGAGCCUGGUGGCAUGGUCCUCUUUGGGCCAGUGCCCCAUGCAGACCGCCGUAAUCUUCAAUUCAUUUGCGUCUGGGGCAGGAGGUCUCGUGUUCGGGCUAUGUUAUAAGCGGGCCAAAUUCUCCUUGACUUGACACAGCUCGUAGGCCUUCACCAUCUUAGGCCAGCCGCUGCUAGGUAGUGCGGGUAGACUCCGCCCCUGAAAGCCGCCAACGAAACACCGUCUGUAUUCACCAAGGGGCUGCAGAGAGCAGAGCCUCGCCUGAACAAUCCGUCAACCUGCUCAUUCCCCUCGAUGUUCCUAUGUCCGGGAACACAAAGGAAGGCGACAUUGAACGUGCCGCCCAGACGAUUCAGCGCGUCUCUGCAUUGCCCCACCAGCCUGGAAGAUGUGUUCGCUGAGUACAAGGCCUUGAUAGCCGGUUGGCUGUCGGUCAGAAUGGCUAUUUACAC